ACAACUGAGAGCACCAACUAAACCAACGAUAAUGGCUUCUCUUUGUGUGUCCACCUUUCCCACCACCUCUCUGUCCCCUCUCUCACCCUUAUCUUCCAAACCCCCUCCCUAUCGCUUCAAAGUCUCAUGCAAUGCUUCUUCAGACGAUCAUCCUAAAACCUCUGAAAGCCCAAACCUCAUACUUCCCAUGCAGAAUAAUAAUGUAGACCGGAGAAACUUGCUCCUGGGGCUAGGCGGUCUAUACGGCACCGCGAACAUGACCAACAUCGGCUCGGCCUUCGCAUACCCUGUCACAGCUCCAGACGACAUUUCAGACUGCGUUCCUGCGACUUCACUGAUAAACAAUCUCGACGACGUGGUUAGAGGAGUAGCUUGUUGCCCUCCACACUCACCAGCAGCUUUCCCAAAACCUUACGUCUUGCCUAGCUUCCGUGCGCUUCGUGUUCGAAGCCCUGCACACAAACUCACUCCUGAGUACAUCGAGAAGUAUAAAGCCGCAAUCGCGGCCAUGAAGGCUCUUCCCGAUGAUCAUCCACACAGCUGGAAACAACAAGGUAAGAUCCAUUGCGCUUACUGCAACGGCGCGUACCAUCAACAACUGAGUGAAAAUCAAAAGGUGGAAGUCAAGGUUCACUUCUCCUCGAUUUUCUACCCUUUCCACCGAUGGUACCUCUAUUUCUACGAGCGGAUCUUGGGUAAGUUAAUCGACGACCCAUCAUUCGCUUUACCAUACUGGAACUGGGACAAUCCCAUGGGAAUGAUGCUUCCUGCCAUGUUCGAAGCCCCUGGCCCAGACAAUGAUCUCCGAACCAACCCGUUAUUCGACCCUUACCGCAACGUAUCACACGCCGCUCCAGCUAUAGUUGAUCUCCAGUUUGAUGAUAAAGAACGUGGCCAUCCUUGUGUAGACCAGGUAAGCAUUAAUCUGUGUUCAUUGCACACUCAGAUGAUCCGAACCAAAAGGACAGAUGACUUCUUCGGUUGUGAUCCCAAUCCAAAGGUAAGUGAGUGUGGUGGUUCCAUAGAGAAUGGUGCUCAUACAGCGGUGCACAGAUGGGUGGGUAACCCUAGGAUGGCGAACCACGAGGACUUGGGUAACUUUUACUCGGCUGGAUAUGACCCGGUUUUUUAUGUCCAUCAUGCUAAUGUCGACCGCAUGUGGCAUAUCUGGAUGGGUUUGAAGGGUAACCGCAACAAAGGUCCAAGAUCCACUGACUGGAAGAAUUCCUCAUACGUGUUUUAUGAUGAGAACGAGGAGCUUGUACGUGUCUACAAUAGAGACUGUGUAGACAUGAAAAGGAUGGGAUACAUGUACGAAGCAUCAAGCAUCCCCUGGAAGGAGAGUCCGCCGAUUCCUCGUGUUAAAGCGUCCAAAGUCGCACUUAAGUCGGUUAGAUCUGUGAAGAAAGCGGAGGAGACGGAGUUUCCUGUGAAGUUAGACAAGAGAGUGAACGUUCUAGUGAAGAGGCCAGCUACAACGAGGAGUGAGGAUGAAAAGGAGAAAGCUACUGAAAUGUUGGUUUUGAAUGGGAUCAAGUUCAACAGUGAGAAGUUUUUCAAGUUCGAUGUGUUGGUGAAUGAUGUAGACGAUGGGAUCCAGACCACCGCGACCUCAAGCGAGUUUGUUGGUACUUUCGCGCAGGUGCCGCAUAUGCCUGGCCACAAGAUGUUUAUUACGAGUGGGGCGUCGUAUGGGAUCACAGAAGUUUUGGAGGACCUUGAAGCUGAAGAGGAAGAGUAUGUUUUGGUGACUUUGGUGCCGAGAGCAGGGACUGAGGACGCCACCGUUUCCGAGAUCAAAAUUGAACUGCUUCCCAUCGACUGAAGCUCAUUUAUGGAACUGCAGUUUCUAUUGAGAAUAAUUCAAAAAGUAUUUGCAUGUGUUUUUAAUUAUGUAUUUGAAUAAGUAUGGUACAUCUUAAUCUACAGGAAAGUACCGUGUCACUAGGAGUUAGUUGGCUUUGCUUUUACCGUUUCAUGUUUACGUUGUAGUCUGCUCUAUAUAAGCAGCUUUAUGCAAUGAAUAAAGUAUCUUGUUUACUGGCUU